UUUAGCUACAUACUUCACUCACUGAUACAGAAAGGCGCAUGCAUUGUAUGACACGUAUCUGUCCUUUGCUGGCUGCAGACUCGACGAAGGCUUCGCUUUGAACUGUAUAGGAUGACUUCCAUAGGCUACUUUUCGGGGCACUUCGAAGCCCUGGACUGGCGUCCCUUGCAGUUUGUGGAUCUCCCAUCGUCCAUAUCAUGUGACUUGUGCGCCGUCAUUCCUCAAAAUAUCUUCAGACUGGAAUGUUACCAUUGGCUCUGCGAAGGCUGUUACCAGAGUGUUCUUCGAACCAACCGACAGUGUCCACUCGAUAAGCAAGAGUUUCUUGAAAGUGAAGUGGAUACAUUACCAAUUAGAGCGACGCGUCUACGGAAACUGGAGGUUCGAUGUUGCAACAUCAGCCAUGGAUGUAAUUUCGUCGGAUCGCUGGAACGAAUGAAAUCACACUUCUUGAAUGACUGUGAAUUUCAUCCAUUAGUAUGUAAGAAGUGCUGUGCAACCGUACCCCGUAGAGACAUAAUCAGCCAUUACAUGGACGAACAGUGCAGGGCUCAAAAUAGUCCGAGGGAAGGUGUUUAUAUUGACAGCAGCGUUGUCGUGAUCGGAAGAGAGAUCAACGCCUCACUAGCAGAUAUAGCCGAUAAGCUCCAUGCUGUAGAAAAUCAGCUACAUAACCAUACUGUGGGGAUCGACACUACGAAAGAAUACGUCAUGAAUUACGCUGCUGCACUGCGCACGCUUCAAGAGGGACAAAGCGCCUCCUCAGUAACGAUGUCGAACGUUGUCGCUGGCAUUCGCACAGUUACGGAUGCGUUGUCUUCGGUUGGAUAUCAACGUGACAACCAAGUAGAAUGUGCAGAAUACGUGAAGAACCGCGUCAUUACGAUCGAGGAGACGCUAACUGCUCUUGCGGGUUUCCAAAAAGAUGUAGCUAAGAAUGUAGUUAGCUCGGGAGAAGGCUGGAAACAGUGCUCCGAGAAACUUGAAGCGAUAUUGAAACGCGCGCAAGAUCUUUCGUCAUCAACCGAGGACAAAAUGUGUUCCAUAAGAGAUAUCCCCCCGGCUCCCGCAGGAUAUAGAACCAACGUUGGUUUUUUCCAUGUCCAAGGCGUCGAGGAGCUUAAGAAGAAAGCAAAUGAGGAGCGCGCUGCCUUCACCUGUUCGGAUGUUUUUGCGUUGUGCGGUUAUUCCCUAAAGUUAAGUGUAAAGUUCGGCAAACCUGAUGAUAUCAUGUACAUAGGUGUCUAUCUGCGUAUUUGUUGUGGCCCAAAAGACUCUCUCUUGAAAUGGCCCUUCUACUUACCUUAUACGCUCACCUUGGUACAUCCUACUGACGACAAAAAGAACAUCCAGUGUCAUUUUGAUAUGCUGGAGGAGUUUAGAAAUUCGCCUCAUUGUUUCAGGAGGCCAGUCGCAAGUUCAAAUAAUGGCUACGGCACCCAUGGGUUGUGCAAACUAGAAGACGCACUGAGUGGUGGCUUUGUUUACGAAAACUCAAUUACUGUUGGCGUUACCCUUGCACAAAGUAGUGAGUAGUAGUGAUUCAAGCUAUGAGCCCCUACAGACCAGCCUGUAUGUCUAUUAGCCGUCAGUAUCUGUACGAUCACAUUAGAAACAUGACUACCUGCUGACGCUUCAUGUGUAUAUUAAAGGGACUCUGACCAGAA